GGCAGGAAGGGGGGAACUCUGUGGUCAGGGAGCCGCUAGCGAGCACAGCUGCGCAGUGCUGGUCGUGCGUCCGAUCCCCAGCUCGCCGCCCUCGGCUCCUGCCCAAGAUGAUUCCAGCAGUGCUCUUGAUCUUCCUCCUCUUGGUGGAGCAGGCAGCCGCCCUAGGAGAGCCUCAGCUCUGCUAUAUCUUGGACGCCAUCCUGUUCUUGUACGGUAUCGUCCUCACCCUGCUCUACUGUCGACUCAAGAUCCAGGUGCGGAAGGCAGCGAUAGCCAGCUAUGAGAAAUCCGAAGGCAUUUACACGGGCCUGAGCACCCGGAACCAGGAGACUUAUGAGACCCUGAAGCAUGAGAAACCGCCCCAGUAACUUUAGGACAGAUGCCCUUGGCCGCAUCCUUCCGCGCCUGUCUAGCCCUCACGGUUGGCGUCACGCGUGCGUCCCAAUAAUGCCAAGCUGACCCUCCCUAUGCAGUGACACUGUGCCCCCCAUUAAUUAAUGGGCACCAGUGAUUGUUCCUCCUCAUCGGAGACCUGUGCUCAGAUGCUCGUCAUUAAUGUUUAUAGUCUAGUCUCCCCUUGUGGUCCACCCUUCUCUUUCCCGUCUCCAGUUCCCACUUGACAAUGACAAGAGGAGACCACCAAUAAAGCCACCACAGACUAGACUCCA